AAUCUGAAAAGGGGUCCGACACAGGCUUGGAAUCAAAAUCGACCGCUUCCGCCAAAUCCCGCGAGUCAGCAGCCUACAUGGGAGUUCGAGUCGCGCUCGCAGACUAAUAUGAAUCAGUUUCGAUCGUUGGUGCGGAACAAAGCGCCUAACAUUCGCAUCCAGGAUCAAAUGCAAGAUCAGGUCAGAACUUUGGAUAGGAAUUUCUCGCGCAGUCAGUUUAACGGUACCGCCCCGCAGAACAACACGGUGCCGAACAUGUAUGGUACAUACAAUCGAGCGCAGGGGAGGCAGGAAAAGCCGACAGUGGCCACGCUGAGUCAGGUACAGGGUAGCGAUCCUAAUCUGUACGCUGUAACGGAACUCUAAUCAUGGAAAAUGAAAGAGGAUGAGGGAUCGUGAGUAUUCGCAGAAUAGAUACGUCAUCGUUUUAUAGAGUUUUAUUUUUCAAUGAAACUCAGAACAUGCGAUUCGGAGUUCUUAUGAAAAUAAAAAAAGCAGAACAGAAAACGGAAAAGAAAACGGCAAACUGGAUUUCGGGGACCUGCGAUAAAAGUGAGAGAAACAGGGGGGCGAAAAAAAAUUUUUAGAAAACUUAGGAGAACUUGUGUGAGACAUACUUUAUAUCCGAGAUUUUGUACUUGUAUAUCAUGUACAGUAAUUGUGGUACGUCCUUCUACGUUAUCCUCCCUCUUUGUUAUCGCGUUCUUGAUUAGACCGCGCGCGAAGUAUCCAGGGCACAGGUUGAUAUGCAUACUUGAAACGGCGACUGUACGUAUUUAUAUUGCUUGUUGGCUGGCUGGAGAGCUGCAUGAACGGACAUGCACAAAAGAAACCUUCACACAAAGCUUUACAUUGAUAUCGUUUACAGAGAUACUGCUCGCUUGUUCAUUCUAAAUUAGCCGUUAAUUUCGCGUGCGAAACGUUUAGCCGGGGAGUCAAAUAAUGCGAUUCCCGAAGAAGAUACCAAAACACGAUGAGGGAACUACUAAGAUAUAUGGUUUUUAUAUACUUUUUACAUUUUAAUCGAACGAAUCUAUGUUGAAUUUUCUGUGAGAGAUAUUUAAUAUACUUUAUAUGUGUGUGAAAACGUAUACAUAUACAUCUAGUUACCGCACGAAUGUCUGGGUAAUUUUCACAAGACUCUUUGGCAGACUUGGAUUGAUUAUCGGCCACGCUCGAUACUGCCAAUGCUCAGGCAAAUUACUUUUUAAGUACAAAGAUGGUGGUAGCACAGGCGUUAUGGGUUUUCAGUUUUUUACGUGCAAACGAAAAAAGGGCUGAAAGGGGAAACUGAAAAAAGGAAAUAAUCGUCCAACGUAUCGACGAAAGAUAUUUGGAAACAUACUUCCACAGGCGGUAUUAGUUAAAGAUACUCUUUUUAAAAGACAGUGAAAAAAAAAUGAAUCUGUCACGAAAAACUGAAUCUUAUUAUACUUCGUAAGGGUUGAGAAUGAAUUUUCUGCGGAGCACAGUCUUCCUGAAACAUUCUGUAACACCAGAGAUAUACCGGGCAUAUCUGGCAAUUAUUCGGUACCUAUCGAAUCGGACGAUCAGGUUCGAGUGCGUCGGGAAAAUAAUUUCGUGCCUGAAUAAUAGCCGGUUGGACAAGUGUUGUUUACUAUUAUAAGUAUCCAGCGUGUAUCCGAUUGGCGAUGCCUCUUCAAUCGCCACGGAUGCCUGUCUUUGAUAAUAUCCGGUAUAUCUCUUUCUCUCUAUAAUUGAUACUAUCUAAAAGUUUGUAUAAGAAUCGAUAGAUUUUCAGCAAUCGCAAAUGACUUUGUACUGGCAUCCGCAUAUAAUUCAGUAAGUUUGUAUAUAAAGCAGUAACACUUAAGAUUAUCGAGUAAACGUGAAAAGUGUGAUAAAACCGAAUCUAGAUGUUAUUACGUAUUUUGCGUGGAAGCAUUUUGCCUUUUUUUUUCUUUUCUUUUUGGUUGACGAUUUGAUCAUGACUUUCGAUGCGGAAAGAGAAAUCGUGCCAUUCCAGGAAUACAUGCAUUUAAGGCAAACUACUUUCCAGAAUCUUCUUAGGGCUUGUGUUUAGUCGAGUGAAAAUCAAUUAUAUAAUCGCAAUACCGAGCAUUUUAAGAAGAGCGUGAAAUAGCAAAAGAACUUAAUUCAAUGUAAAUAAUUGUAAUAUUUAUUACAGAGAGCGAUAGCUCGUAGACAAGUAGCAUAUAGUUUAGUUAAAUGCUAAUUUAAGUUUCGACGAUAAAUACAUGAAUGUGCGUACGCGGGGUAUCGACCGCGCACGCGUAUUAGAAGUUGAACGAAUAUCGUUUUGUUCACUUUGGAGAUGAAGAAGCAUCCUAGUCACCGUAAUAAAGUAUAUAAAGUUGUGUACAUUCAUUAAUAAGAUCUCUUGCCAAAUUUUUAACCCGGCUCAAUUUGAAGAAAACGAAAAAAAAAGAUAAGACACGUAAAAAGAGGAAUCUUUUUUCUCACAAAAUAUUUGUAUCGUCACUAACUAAUACGUACGGAAGCUAUAUUAGUGCGUCAUUGCCCCCUGAUACAUGUUCUAGAUUUUAAGAAAAAUUGCUUA